CUCACUCAUUCAUUCAUAACAACAACGUCUUCAUAUACAUACAUACAUACAUACAUACACACUAGUGUUUCAAAUUCAGACAACAGAAGCAAGUAAAGAUGGGCAGAAGAAAUGUAGGUGAAUCCCCUCUGGAGAGGUCUACUUUGGUUUCUCUCGACCAAAAGCUCGCCCUCGCCAAACGUUGUUCUCAUGAGGGUGUUGUGGCAGGAGCCAAGGCAGCAGUUGUUGCCACUAUUGCUACUGCAAUCCCAACUUUGGCAAGUGUAAGAAUGGUGCCAUGGGCAAAAGCGAACCUGAAUCCGACAGCACAGGCUUUGAUCAUAUCGACGGUGGCGGGAAUGGCGUAUUUCAUAGUGGCUGAUAAGACUGUCCUCGCAACCGCACGUCGCAACUCCUUCAACUCCCCAGAUUUUUAGUAGUUUCAGAUAUUUGUUAGUUAUCAUAUCAUCUUCUUCUUUUUGAAAGAAGCGAUUACUAUAUAUGUAACCUUUUAAUCCUCAUCAACCAUUCUGCAUGCAAAAUAAUAAUUAUAAAUUUACUCUAU